AUGUCUCUUCAAGGUUGGACCCUUUCGAAUAACAUAAUCUUCUUCCUCCUCUUGUUGGUUUCCACAACUUUCGUCUAUUGUGAUUUUCAACCAAGAGAGCUUCAUCUUGCAUUCACCAACAAUCCAAAUGAACUUGUUGUUUCCUUCCACACUUCAAACUAUUCGGAACAACUUUUAGGUAAACCUCUCAUCACCUUCAGCACAAGUGAAAAUUUAGCAAAUUACGAAACUGCAAGUAUUGGAAGUGUUGUUACAAGUUAUGGAGAUUCGUCCAAGACAGGAUUUGAUUUUCAUGUCCUGUUAACAAAUUUGAAAUUUGCUACCAAGUAUUACUACAAGUGUGGAUUUGAAAAGGCAGAAUUCUUAUCCGAAACUUUCUUCUUUUACACAAGAACUGAUCCGAUGUCAGACGAAAGUAAGGAGACCACUAUUGUUAUCUAUGGUGAUCAAGGAACAACCAACAGCAAAUAUGUUAUUGCUCAAACUCAAGGUUUCGUCUCAAAUUUCCUUCAAAAAUCAAAGAAUAAGAAUUUAUUCAUUUAUCAUUUAGGUGACAUUGGUUACGCUGACGAUUUUGCUGGUGCAAUGUAUCAACCAAUUUGGACUAAAUACAUGCAAAUGAUGAAUAGAAUUAUGCCAUAUGUUCCAUAUAUGGUUUGUGUUGGAAAUCAUGAAAAUGGUCCUCAAAAUAAGCCAUAUGAUGAAUUUGAAGCUGGUUUCCAAGCUUACAAUCACAGAUUCUUCAUGCCAAGUAGAAACGAUUCCUCAAUCGGUCACAACAUGUGGUACACUUUCAAACAAGGAUUAAUCACAUUCAUUGCAACCGAUACUGAAACUAAUUUCCCUCAAUCAUUCUUCCCUCAAUAUGAUAAUCUCUUUUCUGGAAAUAAGAAUCAAUUAAUUUGGUUGGAAGAAACUUUGAAGAAUGUCGAUAGAAAGGAAACUCCAUUUUUGAUUAUUGUUGGACAUCGUCCAAUUUAUUCAUCAGAUUAUGCAUUUUCUGAUAUUCCUGGAAAUAUUAUUGGAGAAUCUCUUAGAUUACAAGCAGCAUUUGAAGAUUUAUUGUACAAAUAUCAUGUUGAUAUUGCAUUUUAUGGACAUGUUCAUUCCUAUGGUAAGUGA